AUGUCUGGUUCGUGGGCGCCUCUCGUCGUCCUGGCGCUGCUCGCCUCGGCGGGCAAUGUCGCCGUGGACGGCAGGGCGCCUGCCGCGAUGGUGCACCGCAACCACGGCAGGUUCAAGGCGGGGCCAUGGAAGCCGGCGCACGCGACCUUCUACGGCGGCCGCGACGGGUCCGACACGCGCGCCGGGGCGUGCGGGUACAAGGACACGGUGGCGGAGGGGUACGGCCUGCAGACGGUGGCCGUGAGCACGGCGCUGUUCAACGGCGGCGCGACGUGCGGGGCGUGCUACGAGGUGCGGUGCACGGACAGCCCGGGCUGGUGCAAGCAGGCCCCCGCCGGCGCGCCGCCCGCGCCGCCGCUGAUCGUGACUGCCACGAACCUGUGCCCGCCCAACUACCAGCUGCCCGGCGACAACGGCGGGUGGUGCAACCCGCCGCGGGAGCAUUUCGACCUGACCAUGCCGGCGUUCCUCCAGAUCGCCGAGGAGAAGGCCGGCAUCGUGCCGGUCUCCUACCGGCGGGUGCCCUGCGCGAAGGCCGGCGGGAUCCGGUACACGAUCACGGGGAACAAGUACUUCAACAUGGUGACGGUGACCAACGUGGGCGGCGCCGGCGACGUGGCCGGGCUGACGGUGAAGGGGAACAAGCGCGUGAAGUGGACGCCGCUGAAGCGGAACUGGGGCCAGGUGUGGCAGACCGGCGAGGACCUCACCGGCGAGUCGCUGACGUUCCGCGUCAUGACCGGCGACCACCGCCGGCACACCUCCUGGCACGUCCUCCCCCGCGACUGGCAGUUCGGGGUCACCUACCAGGCGCCCAAGAACUUCUGA